AUGACAAUAGUUACUACUGACGUUGAUUUUUUUCGGGAUAUAUCCAAACUUCCCUCCGAAAUCAUUGUCAUAAUUAUUGGUUAUUUGCCAAAAUGUAUGUUACCACAAUUAUUGUAUUUUCAACCCAUUCAAAAAGAAGUGGCUUUUAUAAUUUUAUUAGAUGUAAAUAUUACUGAAAGAAAAAGACACAAAGGAAGUGAAACACCCCAUGUUGGCUACUCCGAAUGUGACUGCAAUCGGUUCAAAAUUGAACUUAAUAAUUUGAAGAAAGGCAUUGCUCAAUGGAAUGUAUACCCGAGAGCAAUUCAUAUGGACGACAAAUUUGUAUUUAGGGAUGUUUUGGAUACUUUCCCUAGGCUUUUAAAGGAAACUCUGAGUAUUAAUGGUACUCUUUCUCAGUGUGAAGGUAUAAAAGCAGAAGCAUUGCUCAAUUUAUUUUUCAAUACUAAUCUUAGGUUUGAUUCUAUGCAAUUGAAUGGUCUCUGGGACCCAGCUACAUUACCCUCUGUUGCCACAAGCAUUCGAUUAUUUCAUACCACAUUGAACAGUUAUGUGAUUCCUGGUGUAAAAAAGUUGGACAUGGAAAUGUAUUCUAAUACUAGGGAAAGUCAAACAUAUACUUUUUCACCUGACUUAGAAGACUUACGUAUUGAUUUCAACUUCACGAUUCAAGUGACUUUGCCUCCAAAUUUGCAAAAAUUAUGUAUCACAACUUCAUUGGAUUCUGCGAAUUUUGUGUCCCCAGAAUUAGUCAGGUUAGAGUAUUUACAGCUUCAGUUGAAAAAUAUUCAAUCUUUUGAUGAAACCGGAAUAAUUGCUCCUAAUUUAAAAAUUCUCGACUUAACAGGGUGUUUUAAAAUGUCCAAUUUCAAUGGGUUGAAGCAGUUCCAAAGAUUGAAGCGUCUUCGUUUGAAAUAUUGUGUUUAUCCAGUUGGUUUAUUUGAAGAAUGUUCAUUUAAUGAGCUAGAAAGUUUUGAGUACAUUGGAAAAGGCUUUCCAGUUUCGUGUGAUGUCAGUUGUUCAAGGUUGACUAUUCCUUCCAAUUUGAAACUGUUACUGAUCAAAAAUAUUGGAAAUAUGAAUGUUGAUUUGAGGACCCUAGUGUUUCCAGCAAAAUUGACGCGAUUAGAACUUGUGGACCUAUCCUUUAAUGAUGGUUACUUUCAUUUAGGAGAGAAUUUGCAAUAUGUUCACAUUGAGACAUCCACACUUAGAUUUGAUAGCAGCUUCAAAAUUCCUCAUUUGGCUGGAGAAUUAAUAUUAGAAGCUGAUUAUUUAAGUUUUGACAGCCCGGAAUUUAUGUAUCAUUUGCCGAAUAGUCUAACGCGGUUGCAGUUGAUUGCAAACAAACAGGGGAAAAUGGGUCCUUUUAUCCGAAAAAUUAAAUGGCCCUUGGUAUUAGGUGAUUUUGCUUUCAAAAAUUUUAGUAUAGAUUAUCACACAUUGGAGUUGUUGAAUUUAAAAGAAUCCAGACUUGAAGUAAUUUAUAUUCGUGGAGGUAAUAUCAAGAAGUUAAAUGUAGAUCUAUUUCCAGUUAGUGUUAAAAAUUUAACUUUAAUGGAAAUGGGAAUCCAUGAACUACCUGCUUCAUUUAAAAGAUUGAAUAAUUUACGACAGUUGUCACUAAUGGGAAAUCAAUUGAGAAAUGUAAAUUCUGUCAAAUUGCCAGUAUUAUCUUUGGAGGUUUUAAACGUACGUCAAUGUAACCUUCGUUUGAUAUCACCAUUUUUGGUUUCAAUGCUUGAGGAGAAGAAUCAGAACGCAAAUCUAAGAGUAGAGGCUACAGGAAACUUGAAUGUGAAUAUUAUUGAUGUGAGGAAAGUAUUGAAAGCAAUCAAAGGACUCUCAUUAGAGCUCAACAGACUCAAUGAUUCUCUAUUGAAAAUAUCUAAUCAUUCUUAUCGUUUGGAAGCUGUAUAUCGUGAUUUUGAUCCUUAUUUCGAAAAAUCCAAAUCUUCAGAAAAUGAAGAGGUAGUCUCCGAUUAUGAUUCAGACGAUCUUUACAAUGGAAGUGUGUUUUAUCUGGAUGAGGAAUAUAGUGAUGAUGAGGAUGAUAAUAACAAGAGGAAAAAAAACUAA